AUGCCUCCACGGAUUCAAAUACUGUCUGACCUUCACUUAGAGGUCAGGAACCAAUAUAGCUCCUUUCAAAUACCCGCUGCUGCGCCGUUCCUGAUCCUUGCGGGCGACAUCGGCCAGCUAAGCGACUAUCGUGGCUAUCUACAGUUCCUCAGCAACCAAUGCCGCCAGUUCGAGCGAGUGUACUUGGUCCUUGGGAACCAUGAGUUCUACGGAGUCUCUCGACACGAGGGACUAAAACUUGCGGCAUCUCUAGAACAGGAACCAGAAGUACGGGGUAAGCUGUCCAUCCUGAACCGAACACGAGUCGAGCUUCCUGGAUUCCCCAACAUAACGCUGUUGGGAUGCACGCUGCAGUCUAGAAUACCCCCUGAAUCGGUGGAAGCAGUUAGCGGCCGUGUUAAGGACUUUCAUCGUAUUAAGGACUGGUCCAUCGAAGACCAUAACGCCGAACAUAGAGAGGACGUCGAAUGGCUGAGGGAUCAGAUUACCAGUCUGAGAGACGGAGAUAGAGCAUCCAACCUGGAAGGACAGAGGAGCAUUAUCGUCAUCACCCAUCAUGCGCCUUGCAUCAACGAGAGCAGCCGGCCGGAACAUGUACAGAAUCCAUGGACAUGCUCGUUUGCAACAGAACUACUUGACCAGGCUGUUUCUCCCGCCAACGCCAUCUUCUCGCAAGUGCAGCACUGGGUCUUUGGGCAUACGCAUUACACGACUAGCUUCAUCAAGGCUGGCGUCAGACUUGUGAGCAACCAACGUGGCUAUACGGUUAAGCCCAAGGACGAGUCUUCAAACUGGAUGAAGCUGUUCAGGAGUAGCCUCCACGAGUUCAAUGUUCGAAAGACGAUAACACCCUAA